CAUGAGAGCAUCUUKCAGAUUUUUAUUCCWAAGAAGCUGGAGUUGUUUGAGUAAUUCUACGAAGAAUAACACUAUAAAAACAAGCAAUCUACAUAGGAGUUUAUGUUCCACARUUGAACAAAGGCCAUUGGAUAGCCAUGAUGAAAGCUUACAAGUGGCAGAUGAAGUGCCAGAUACUAGGAAAGAAUUUCGUAAAUUCAGAUCGAGAAUCUACAGACAAAAUAGAAUGAAUCCCGAAAUGGAGCGUCAAGCCAGGAAGGGAGAAUUGAAAAUUGAUCUUGSUGAAGUCAACAAAGYCUGGAUGGCAAGAGAAGGAUUUCAACACAUCUGCAAAAUUGCAAAACAUUAUCAAAUAUUUUCGCAUGUUUUUGGUGACAUGGAGUUCAYACCAAMUAGAUUKUUAGAUAUCAGUUAUGGCAAGGAUAACUGCCAUGUGCAUUGGGGAAAUUUUAUCACGCCAUCACAGGCAGUUUCAGCACCAAAUGUAAACUUUGAAGGCGAUUCUGACAUGUGGUCUUUGAUUCUCAUUAAUCCAGAUGGAAAUGUUUGGCAUGAUGAUGCUGAGCUUCUUCAUUGGUUUAUAGCUAACAUACCUGGUAAUGACAUACAMCAAGGCACAGAACUAGCUACCUACCUACCUCUUAUCCCACAAAAAGGCACAGGUUACCACAGAUAUGUUUUCUGUUUACUACACCAGAAAGGACAUUUAAAUACUGAUCAAAUUACUUUAGAUGAUACAAGUUUUAGUUCUCAGCGAAGCUUCAAAAUGACUGAACUGCUUGCGAGUCACAAGGAUUUCUUCACACCAGUUGGGCUGAGUUUCUUCCAAGCUUCUUGGGAUGAGACAGUUACUGAUACAUAUCAAGAUAUUUUAGGAAUACAAGAGCCAGUUUACGACGUCAAACCAUUUGUUACUCCAACAAAGCAGAGAAAACGAAGCACACAAGAUAAAUUCAACCAAAAGUACAGAAACAUGUAAAGAAUCUUUGAUUGUAAAAGUUGAGGUAAAAUAAAAGUCAUUUUACAUUGUGAA